AUGGCCUGGGCUGUUCCUGUAAUCUACUUCCAUGUCACAGUUUUCCUUAUUAUUAUGGAUACAGGACAUGCCACUGAAAAUUAUACCAGGAGGAUGGAAGCGACAGCUGCAGGUGAUAUCGUCAUCGCAGGACUCUUUCCCAUUCAUGAGGAUGUAGAAAAAAAAACAACCUCUUUCACACUACAACCACCACAGCCAUGUAUCAGGUUUGACGAAAGAAGCCUGAUUUUGGCUCUGGCUAUGAUCAAUGCUAUCGAGGUCAUGAAUAAGUCGCCUCUGCUCAAGGCUGUGAACCUCACUUUGGGUUACCUGAUCGUGGACUCUUGCGCUGAUCCCAGCACAGCUCUAAGAGUCACAGGAGACUUCAUGCAGCGGGACAACUGCUACACAGAGAGCAACACCUCUACCAGUGGACAGCCAGUCAUGGCUGUUAUAGGUGCCUCUUACUCUGAAGUAUCCAUUGCCAUCGCCAGGCAACUGACACUCCAGAUGAUUCCUCAAAUCAGUUAUUCAUCAACUGCUGUCAUUCUGAGUGAUAAGAGCCGCUUCCCUUCAUUUUUGAGGACUGUUCCUAAUGAUGAACAUCAGACAGCUGCCAUGGUCAGACUUCUCCACACCUACGGCUGGAACUGGGUGGGAGUAGUUACCACAGAUGGAGAUUAUGGGCGAUCGGCUCUGGAUAGCUUUGUGUCCCAGGCCUCUGCAAAGGGGAUCUGUGUGGCUUUCAAAUCGAUUCUACCUCAGUCUGUGACCAGUCAUGAUGUCUACUCUGAAAUCCGGGCCGCUGCCACAACCAUCCUCAACAAUCCCAAGGUGCAGGUCAUUGUGUCAUUUGCCAAGUCGACUCACAUGAGGUAUCUUUUCCAGGAGCUGAAGCAUAAGGCACUGAGAGCAGGACAAAGCAUGGAGUCAAUGAGAAGAGUUUGGGUGGCCAGUGACAGCUGGUCCUCCAGCAACUCUGUGAAAGUAAACGCGACUCUGAGGGACAUAGGACAUGUUGUGGGCUUCACCUUCAAGAGUGGAGACAAGUCAUCAAUUGAGGACUACCUGAGCCGGCUGGAGGCAGCUGGCCAUGAAUUUACAAGGAAUAACCCCUUCAUGAAGGAGUUCUAUCUGCAGCUAAAUGCCAGUAAAGGUUUUGAAGAUACUAAGCUUAUUUCAGAAGCUGUGAAAAAUCUCAGGAAACACACUCAUGCCGCCACUAUCCUUAGUGUUGAGAUGGCUGUCAGCGCCAUUGCUCAGACUGUGGCUUCUGUCUGCAGGAGCAGAGACUGCAAAACACCAGGCAUGAUGCAACCCUGGGAGCUGCUGAAACCUAUGUUAUUCCAAGAGUUUGAACUUAGAGGAAAAACCUAUAAGUUUGACAGCAGCGGUGACAUCAGCCUGGGCUACGAACUGAAAAUGUGGUGCUCAGAUGGAGGAAAUAAUCAUUUCACUGAGGUUGUGGCUGAAUACCACCCAUCCACCAACGACUUCACUUACACCAAUGUGAGCACCCAGCACCUCAAGGACUUUCAGUACAUCAUCUCCAAGUGCUCCAACAGCUGCGUCCCUGGAGAGUUCAAAAAAACAGCUGAAGGUCAACACACCUGUUGUUAUGAGUGCAUCAACUGUACUGAGAACUACUACUCGAAUAAAACAGAUAUGGAUCAGUGUCUGAGCUGUAACAUAAGCAGAGAGUGGUCGGCAGAGGGCAGCUCCAGCUGCACCCCCAAAGUCGUGCUCUUCUUCUCCUGGCAGGACAGAUUUGCUGUGGCACUCCUCACCUUUUCUGCCCUGGGCAUCCUCCUGGCUGUGAUGGUGUCAGCUCUGUUUUUACAUCAGCGCGACACUCCUGUAGUGAAGGCUGCCGGAGGGCCACUGAGCCAGGUCAUCCUAUUCUCUCUGGUCAUCAGUUACAUCAGCGCGGUACUGUUUGUCGGUCGGCCCAACAGUUUCCAGUGUAAGGCUCGACAGGUGCUCUUCGGUAUCAGCUUCACUCUGUGCGUCUCCUGCAUCCUGGUCAAGACCCUGCAGAUCCUGCUGGCCUUCCAGUUCAACCCUGCACUGCAGGUGGUUCUGCGGAGGCUCUUCAAGCCUUACGUUAUGGCCAGCUUCUGUGUGGCCUUGCAGGUGAUUGCUUGUAUCUGCUGGCUAGUCCUCAAGAGCCCAUCUCUACAAAUCGUCAUGCAACCAACCACUUUGCUGGAGAAGUGUGACGAGGGCUCAUAUUCGGCCUUCGGGGUGAUGUUGGGCUACAUAGCUUUCCUAGCGUUGGUGUGCUUCAUCUGUGCCUUCAAAGGCCGCAAACUUCCACAGUUCUACAAUGAGGCAAAGUUCAUCACUUUCAGUAUGCUGCUCUACCUUAUCUCCUGGAUGCUCUUUGUUCCUGUUUACGUUUCCACCUCAGGAGUUUACCUUUCGGCUGUGGAGAUGGUGGUCAUUCUCAUUUCCAACUACGGCAUCCUCAGCUGUCAUUUCUUACCAAAGUGCUACGUUAUUAUUUUCAAGAAGGAACAAAACACCACGACUGCUUUCAGGAACAAUGUGUAUCAAUAUUCCAGCAAAACCUCUGAAUCUAUCUCCGUAUCUGGGAGUUCAGUGUCAGAGAAACAGUCUAUUGGUCAGGACUUCAUCUGUGCUCUGCCACCCUCUCUACCUGCAGCUGGUUACCUUGAAUAUGGAGUAGUGACAACGGGAACGAGCAGCACAAGUUUACACAGAGGUCCAGCAACACAACACUCCCUCAGAAGAAGCAGCAUAUAG